AUGAGAGCCCCAUGGCUCGUUCCGAUUCUCGCUGUGAUCCUAGACCCGUUGUUGCUCCUGGGAGAGACGGUAUGUUACCGUAAUGACACCAACUUAAGUGCCGCUGGCCAAAGGUCAAGAGAGAUUUUACCUAGACGUAGACGGGAACUCACUUUUCCAAAGGGGAGUGCUUUCGUGAUGACUUUGACUCUGCUCAAGUCAAUUCAGAUUACUGAACCCAGUAACUGGAAUCUUGAUUUGGAAUUCGAUAUGAUAUGGCCUAUACCUAGUCAGGCAGAUUUGAGAAAAACUCUAAUUAAAAAACCAUCCAAGAUAAAACGUCGACAUCGACGAGAGCUUUAUGCCAAUUUCGAAAUGGCAUUGAAUAGUCAAAACUUACCGGGACGAUUAUGUAUUCUUCGUACAAUUUGCGAAGCUGAAACGGUGCUAAGUCCUCCGGGAUUCUCAAUUAUCGAGGAUGCUAUCCGAAUUAUUUUAAGGAAUUUCGAGGAUGCUGACGAUUAUGACUGCUAUGAUAUUGCAUAUCGAACAAAAAGUGAUUGCGAAGUUAUUUAUCCUUGUCCAUUCUCACUGUUGAAAUUAUUGUUGUAUAAUUUAUAUUCGGAGACGUGA